AUGAUUAAUCAAGCACUAAAUGGCCUCAAGCGCCUACUCAGCUUCAAGGAGCAUGAGCCAGAUGCUAACUCCAUGGGGCUCACGAUAAUCAUGCGCAUGGAAAGAAGCCUCCAGCAGCAGGCAGGACUUAAUAGAAGUCAAGAGACAUUAAAUAGUUGGUUUAAAUAA